AUGGUCCAUUGGAUAAGGAAGCACAAGUGGAGACAGACAAAGAAGAUGGACAAAGAAGAUGGUCCAUUGGAUAAGGAAGCACAAGUGGAGACAGACAAAGAAGAUGGUCCAUUGGAUAAGGAAGCACAAGUGGAGACAGACAAAGAAGAUGGUCCAUUGGAUAAGGAAGCACAAGUGGAGACAGACAAAGAAGAUGGUCCAUUGGAUAAGGAAGCACAAGUGGAGACAGACAAAGAAGAUGGUCCAUUGGAUAAGGAAGCACAAGUGGAGACAGACAAAGAAGAUGGUCCAUUGGAUAAGGAAGCACAAGUGGAGACAGACAAAGAAGAUGGUCCAUUGGAUAAGGAAGCACAAGUGGAGACAGACAAAGAAGAUGGUCCAUUGGAUAAGGAAGCACAAGUGGAGACAGACAAAGAAGAUGGUCCAUUGGAUAAGGAAGCACAAGUGGAGACAGACAAAGAAGAUGGUCCAUUGGAUAAGGAAGCACAAGUGGAGACAGACAAAGAAGAUGGUCCAUUGGAUAAGGAAGCACAAGUGGAGACAGACAAAGAAGAUGGUCCAUUGGAUAAGGAAGCACAAGUGGAGACAGACAAAGAAGAUGGUCCAUUGGAUAAGGAAGCACAAGUGGAGACAGACAAAGAAGAUGGUCCAUUGGAUAAGGAAGCACAAGUGGAGACAGACAAAGAAGAUGGUCCAUUGGAUAAGGAAGCACAAGUGGAGACAGACAAAGAAGAUGGUCCAUUGGAUAAGGAAGCACAAGUGGAGACAGACAAAGAAGAUGGUCCAUUGGAUAAGGAAGCACAAGUGGAGACAGACAAAGAAGAUGGUCCAUUGGAUAAGGAAGCACAAGUGGAGACAGACAAAGAAGAUGGUCCAUUGGAUAAGGAAGCACAAGUGGAGACAGACAAAGAAGAUGGUCCAUUGGAUAAGGAAGCACAAGUGGAGACAGACAAAGAAGAUGGUCCAUUGGAUAAGGAAGCACAAGUGGAGACAGACAAAGAAGAUGGUCCAUUGGAUAAGGAAGCACAAGUGGAGACAGACAAAGAAGAUGGUCCAUUGGAUAAGGAAGCACAAGUGGAGACAGACAAAGAAGAUGGUCCAUUGGAUAAGGAAGCACAAGUGGAGACAGACAAAGAAGAUGGUCCAUUGGAUAAGGAAGCACAAGUGGAGACAGACAAAGAAGAUGGUCCAUUGGAUAAGGAAGCACAAGUGGAGACAGACAAAGAAGAUGGUCCAUUGGAUAAGGAAGCACAAGUGGAGACAGACAAAGAAGAUGGUCCAUUGGAUAAGGAAGCACAAGUGGAGACAGACAAAGAAGAUGGUCCAUUGGAUAAGGAAGCACAAGUGGAGACAGACAAAGAAGAUGGUCCAUUGGAUAAGGAAGCACAAGUGGAGACAGACAAAGAAGAUGGUCCAUUGGAUAAGGAAGCACAAGUGGAGACAGACAAAGAAGAUGGUCCAUUGGAUAAGGAAGCACAAGUGGAGACAGACAAAGAAGAUGGUCCAUUGGAUAAGGAAGCACAAGUGGAGACAGACAAAGAAGAUGGUCCAUUGGAUAAGGAAGCACAAGUGGAGACAGACAAAGAAGAUGGUCCAUUGGAUAAGGAAGCACAAGUGGAGACAGACAAAGAAGAUGGUCCAUUGGAUAAGGAAGCACAAGUGGAGACAGACAAAGAAGAUGGUCCAUUGGAUAAGGAAGCACAAGUGGAGACAGACAAAGAAGAUGGUCCAUUGGAUAAGGAAGCACAAGUGGAGACAGACAAAGAAGAUGGUCCAUUGGAUAAGGAAGCACAAGUGGAGACAGACAAAGAAGAUGGUCCAUUGGAUAAGGAAGCACAAGUGGAGACAGACAAAGAAGAUGGUCCAUUGGAUAAGGAAGCACAAGUGGAGACAGACAAAGAAGAUGGUCCAUUGGAUAAGGAAGCACAAGUGGAGACAGACAAAGAAGAUGGUCCAUUGGAUAAGGAAGCACAAGUGGAGACAGACAAAGAAGAUGGUCCAUUGGAUAAGGAAGCACAAGUGGAGACAGACAAAGAAGAUGGUCCAUUGGAUAAGGAAGCACAAGUGGAGACAGACAAAGAAGAUGGUCCAUUGGAUAAGGAAGCACAAGUGGAGACAGACAAAGAAGAUGGUCCAUUGGAUAAGGAAGCACAAGUGGAGACAGACAAAGAAGAUGGUCCAUUGGAUAAGGAAGCACAAGUGGAGACAGACAAAGAAGAUGGUCCAUUGGAUAAGGAAGCACAAGUGGAGACAGACAAAGAAGAUGGUCCAUUGGAUAAGGAAGCACAAGUGGAGACAGACAAAGAAGAUGGUCCAUUGGAUAAGGAAGCACAAGUGGAGACAGACAAAGAAGAUGGUCCAUUGGAUAAGGAAGCACAAGUGGAGACAGACAAAGAAGAUGGUCCAUUGGAUAAGGAAGCACAAGUGGAGACAGACAAAGAAGAUGGUCCAUUGGAUAAGGAAGCACAAGUGGAGACAGACAAAGAAGAUGGUCCAUUGGAUAAGGAAGCACAAGUGGAGACAGACAAAGAAGAUGGUCCAUUGGAUAAGGAAGCACAAGUGGAGACAGACAAAGAAGAUGGUCCAUUGGAUAAGGAAGCACAAGUGGAGACAGACAAAGAAGAUGGUCCAUUGGAUAAGGAAGCACAAGUGGAGACAGACAAAGAAGAUGGUCCAUUGGAUAAGGAAGCACAAGUGGAGACAGACAAAGAAGAUGGUCCAUUGGAUAAGGAAGCACAAGUGGAGACAGACAAAGAAGAUGGUCCAUUGGAUAAGGAAGCACAAGUGGAGACAGACAAAGAAGAUGGUCCAUUGGAUAAGGAAGCACAAGUGGAGACAGACAAAGAAGAUGGUCCAUUGGAUAAGGAAGCACAAGUGGAGACAGACAAAGAAGAUGGUCCAUUGGAUAAGGAAGCACAAGUGGAGACAGACAAAGAAGAUGGUCCAUUGGAUAAGGAAGCACAAGUGGAGACAGACAAAGAAGAUGGUCCAUUGGAUAAGGAAGCACAAGUGGAGACAGACAAAGAAGAUGGUCCAUUGGAUAAGGAAGCACAAGUGGAGACAGACAAAGAAGAUGGUCCAUUGGAUAAGGAAGCACAAGUGGAGACAGACAAAGAAGAUGGUCCAUUGGAUAAGGAAGCACAAGUGGAGACAGACAAAGAAGAUGGUCCAUUGGAUAAGGAAGCACAAGUGGAGACAGACAAAGAAGAUGGUCCAUUGGAUAAGGAAGCACAAGUGGAGACAGACAAAGAAGAUGGUCCAUUGGAUAAGGAAGCACAAGUGGAGACAGACAAAGAAGAUGGUCCAUUGGAUAAGGAAGCACAAGUGGAGACAGACAAAGAAGAUGGUCCAUUGGAUAAGGAAGCACAAGUGGAGACAGUGUCUGAUGAUGAAUAG